AUGAGCCCACCUAGCCUAUCAGCGGCGGGCGACCUCGACAUCCACGGUGACAUGGCACCAACGCCUCCACCACCGUCAUCAACGUCGUACCAUACCAACGACGUCGCCUCCGUUACCUCCGUCACGCUCACUAAAGAGCAAUUCGACGAGCUGAUCAGGAACCAGCGCCCCGCACGGGACGACGACGCAUUAUCCAUGCGUCAGCGCCUACCCCCAGCCAACCCUCCGGUCUUCCCCGACGACUCGAAACUUACGGAGGACAAUUACGUUGACUGGGUCCCCACGAUGCCGCCAUGCCCGCCCUCUUGGGCUGGAUUCAACGCUCGGACGAAUCGAGCGACGGUCCCCGUUGCGAAGGCGGUCGUACCGACCAAACGCUCUGCACCAGGCAAGAAGGGAAAAUGGGAUCGUUCUGGUCCUGCCCCGAGCAACUGCCCAGCUUGUGGUCAAGGCAAACACUGGCUCGACAAGUGUCCGGAAUCGCGCAAGCGAGCCAAGUACCUCGAGCUCAAAAACGCCAUGAAGGAACUCCAAGGCUCAUCAUCGCCUGCGUCCACGUUCGUGGCCACCGAGGCAGCAUCCAAGGAUCAACACCUGUCCGUCGUUUCUUCUGCUACGUUUGUCAACAUCGGGCCACCGGCGGAAAUCCUUCUGCUAGACUCGGCGUCGGCGUGCCACGUCGUCAACGAUGCGUCCUUCUUUGACGGCCCCCUUUCGCCUACCCCGCAAGUCCUGCAAGGUCUAGGGGGAACGGUGAAGGCCUCGGGAAUCGGCUCGGUCAAGCUUGUCUCCGAUAAUGGUACCAGGUUCACCCUCAACGACGUGAUCUACGCCCCCGAGAGCCCUGCCAACCUCAUCUCAGUCCGGGCCUUCAACCGCAAAGGCGUUCGCAUCACCUUCGAACACGGACAAGUCGAGCUCCGCACGCCGCAAGGGUGCAUCGCCACAGCAUCAGCCAUCGCGUCCUGCGUUUACAAACUCAACGCUUCGGUCCAAGCUGCCAGCAAAGAUGCGCGACACACCCUCGUUGCCACCAAGUCCAAUAGGCUACCUUUACUUACCCUUCACCGGCGCUACGGCCACGCCUCUGUCCAGACACUUAAAAAACUGGCGGCCUCUGGCCAGGUGGAGGGUUUAGAUUGGCCCUAUAGUGACUUCGAGUGUGUAGACUUCUCAUGCAACGCCUGCCUUGCCUCCAAAGCCCAUCGUUUGCCUUUCCCCUCUUCGUCGUCGCAUGCAGCGGAACCACUCGCAUUGGAGCACUCGGACGUCUUAUCUUUCCCCGAGGAAUCCUUAAGCCAUAAGCGAUACCUCGUCACGUUCAUCGACGACUUCUCGAGGAAGACUUGGGUUUACCCCAUCGGGCACAAGAGCGAGGUCCUUCAGACAUUCAAGGAUUGGCUUCUGGAGAUCGAAAACGCCACGGGUCGCAGGGUCAAAACACUUCGCUCGGACAACGGGGGCGAGUAUGUCUCUACCGCUUUCAACGGCUAUUGCGUGGCCCGCGGAAUUCAUCGCGAAUUGACCAUACCGUACACACCCGAGCAAAACGGUCGGGCUGAGCGAGCCAACCGGUCGAUCGUCGAGGGCACCCUGGCUCUACUGUCUCACUCGGGACUCCCACGAUCGUGCUGGGACGAGCGGUAG